AUGGCGCUGGCCGAGCUCUACACGCAGUACAAUAGAGUUUGGAUCCCCGAUAAGGAAGAAGUUUGGCAGUCUGCAGAAAUCACAAAAAACUACAAAGCUGGAGACCGUUUUCUCCAUGUGCAAUUAGAAGAUGGAACUGAGCUGAGUUACCCUGUUGAUCUGGCUGCUUUGCCACCACUACGAAAUCCUGACAUACUUGUUGGUGAAAAUGAUCUCACUGCACUCAGUUAUCUCCAUGAACCAGCUGUUCUACACAACCUUAAAAUUCGUUUUGUGGAGUCCAAGCUUAUCUACACAUAUAGUGGAAUAAUUCUGGUUGCAAUAAACCCCUACAAGCAGCUGCCAAUAUAUGGAGAUGCCAUUAUCCAUGCAUACAGUGGGCAAAACAUGGGGGACAUGGAUCCACACAUAUUUGCUGUGGCAGAAGAAGCAUACAAGCAAAUGGCAAGAAAUAACAAAAAUCAGUCUAUUAUAGUCAGUGGAGAAUCAGGAGCUGGAAAGACUGUGUCUGCAAGGUAUACUAUGAGAUACUUUGCCACUGUGAGUAAGUCAAGCGGCAAUGCACACGUGGAGGAUAAAGUAUUGGCAUCCAAUCCAAUAACAGAGGCUGUGGGAAAUGCAAAAACCACCCGGAAUGAUAACAGCAGUCGAUUUGGAAAAUACACUGAAAUCAGUUUUGAUCGGGGUUACCAAAUCAUUGGAGCUAACAUGAGAACAUACCUCCUUGAGAAAUCCAGAGUUGUAUUUCAGUCAGAAAAUGAAAGGAACUACCAUAUAUUUUAUCAGUUGUGUGCAUCUGCUACGCAACCUGAAUAUGCACAUCUUAAAUUGGGAAAUGCAGAGGAAUUUAACUACACACGCAUGGGUGGCAGCACUGUAAUAGAGGGGGUUGAUGACAGAGCCAAUAUGCUGGAGACGCAGAAGACAUUUUCCUUACUGGGUCUGAAGGGGGAUUUUCAGAUGGAUGUUUUUAAAAUGCUGGCAGCAAUCCUGCACUUGGGCAAUGUGGAAAUAGCAGCUGUUGGAGAUGAAAGAUCAUCCAUCAGUAUGGAGGAUAAACAUCUCAGCAUAUUCUGUGAGCUUCUGGAGGUAAACUGUGACAAAAUGUGCCGGUGGUUGUGCCACCGAAAGAUUGUCACCACCUCGGAGACGGUGAUAAAGCCAAUGACAAGGGCCCAGGCUGUCAACGCCAGGGAUGCUCUGGCAAAGAAGAUCUACUCUCAUUUAUUUGACUUCAUUGUGGAAAGAAUUAACCAAGCUCUGCAGUUCUCUGGCAAGCAACACACUUUCAUUGGUGUUUUGGAUAUUUAUGGAUUUGAAACAUUUGAUGUGAACAGCUUUGAACAAUUUUGUAUUAAUUAUGCUAAUGAAAAACUACAGCAGCAAUUUAACCUGCAUGUCUUUAAACUUGAACAAGAAGAAUAUAUGAAGGAAGACAUUCCAUGGACUUUAAUAGACUUUUACGACAACCAGCCUGUCAUUGACCUAAUUGAAGCUAAAAUGGGAAUUUUAGAACUUCUGGAUGAAGAAUGCUUGCUACCUCAUGGAAAAGAUGAAAACUGGCUUCAGAAGCUAUAUAAUAAUUUUGUCAAUAAAAACGCGCUCUUUGAAAAGCCAAGGAUGUCAAACACUUCUUUCAUCAUUCAACACUUUGCUGAUAAGGUAGAAUAUAAAUGUGAAGGAUUUCUGGAAAAAAACAGAGAUACAGUACAUGAAGUAUUGAUUGAAAUCUUGAAAGAGAGCAAGUUUCAUCUGUGUGCAAAUUUUUUUCAAGACAGUCCAGUGUCAGCUUCACCUUUCAGUUCAGCUAUAAACAUCAAAUCUGCCAGACCUGUUCUGAAAUCACCCAACAAACAGCUCCGGAUGACUGUGGGCAGUAAGUUCCGGAAUUCUUUGUCUUUACUUAUGGUGACACUCAAUGCAACCACUCCUCAUUAUGUGAGAUGCAUAAAGCCAAACGAUGAGAAAUUGCCUUUUGAGUUUGAUUCCAAAAGAGUUGCUCAGCAGCUGCGAGCAUGUGGUGUUUUGGAAACUAUUCGGAUUAGUGCGCAGAGCUACCCGUCCAGGUGGACAUACAUUGAGUUUUUCAGCCGUUACAGCAUUCUUAUGACACAGCAGGAGCUCUCCAUAAAUGACAAGAAACAGAUUUGCAAGAUUGUUUUGCAACGGCUGAUCCAGGAUCAUAACCAGUAUCAGUUUGGGAGAACAAAAAUUUUUUUCAGAGCGGGACAGGUUGCUUACUUAGAGAAGCUGCGCUCAGACAAGCUGAGACAGGCGUGCAUCCUGAUCCAGAAGCGUGUGCGGGGCUGGCUGCAGCGGAGGAGGUUCCUGAGCAUGAGGAGAGCAGCGCUCACUGUGCAGCAGUACUUCCGCGGGCAGCGCACCGUGAGGCAAGCUAUAACUGCAAGAAAUCUGAAGCAAACAUGGGCAGCUAUAAUUAUUCAGAAAUACUGUCGGGGUUACCUGGUCCGUAGGCUUUGCCAGCUCAUCCAUGUGGCCGCUGUAACAAUACAAGCUUACACAAGAGGAUUUCUAGCAAGAAAAAAGUAUUGGAAGAUGCGUGAGGAGCAGAAGGCUGUGAUCCUCCAGAAGUAUGCCCGUGCGUGGCUUGCCAGGCGCCGGUUCCAGAACAUUCGGCGCUUUGUGCUGAAUAUCCAGCUUUCAUACAGAGUUCAGCAACUGCAGAAAAAGAUAGAAGAACAGAGUAGAGAAAAUCAUGGUUUGCUGGAACGAUUGACCAGUCUGGCUUCAGCUCAUAUGAAUGAUGUGGAUACAAUUCAGAAACUUGAAUCAGAACUCGAAAAAUUGACUACUCAAAAGAGAACAUAUGAAGAGAAAGGGAAAAAAUAUAAAGAGGACAGUGAGCAGAAAAUCUUAAAACUUGAGAAUCAGAAUAAAGAAUUACAAGAACAGAAGGAGACCUUGGAAAUAAAACUCCAAGAAAAAACUGAGGAAAUGAAAGAGAAAAUGGAUGACCUCACACAGCAACUCUUCAAUGAUGUACAAAAAGAAGAAAACCAGCGAAUGAUACUUGAGAAAAAUUUCCAAAACCAGAAGCAGGACUAUGAAAAGGAGAUUGAAUUGCUCAAGGGAGAAAUUAAGAUUCUGAAAGAAGAAAAAACUCAGCUGCAGCAACAAAUUCAGCAAGAAAUUAUCAUUCAGGAUGGCUUGAAAAUGGAAGUAGGACAGCUUACAAAACAAGCACAGAAAAUACCUGAGUUGCAAAAGGAAAUUGAGCUGCUUCAGACACAAAAAUUGGAUGUUGAAAAGCAGGCCCAGUCACAGAAGCGAGAAUUGAGGGAAAAGAUGUCAGAAGUUACAAAGCAGCUUCUUGAAAGUUAUGAUUUUGAAGAUGUAAGAAGCAGACUCUCUACAGAGGAUCUGGAACACUUAAAUGAGGAUGGAGAACUGUGGUUUGCUUACGAGGGCUUGAAAAAAGCCACAAGAGUAUUGGAAAGCCAUUUCCAGUCUCAGAAGGAGAUAUAUGAGAAGGAAAUUGAAGGUUUGAACUUUAAAGUUGAACAUCUUAGUCAAGAUAUUAAUCAUCUACAAAAAUUAUUCCGAGAGGAAAAUGACAUAAAUGAUGGCAUUCGGCUUGAAGUGAGCAGGCUAACUUCAGAAAAUCUGGUAAUCCCAGACCUUAAGCAGCAAGUUGCUGAACUUGAAAAUCAAAAAUUAGAUCUUGAAAACCGUCUUCAAGAGCAGACCGUAAAGUUGAAAGGAAAAAUGGAAGAGGUGUCAAAUCGGCUGCACUAUGAGCUAGAACGGGACAGGACACAAAGACGAACUACUGAGGCCCAGAAUGAAGGAGACAUAAAAGAGAGCCUGAAGGACACAAUCCAAGGAAUUGAGGGGCUGAGCAAUGGUUUGCUGCAGGAUGAAGUCCAGGAUGAAGUACAAAGCCAGAUAAAGCAAGUGACAACUCGACUUGCUGUGGAAAACAUGGAUCUUGAAGAAAAGCUAGACAUGAAAGACAGGAUAAUAAAAAAAUUAGAGGAUCAGAUCAAAACUCUGACCAAGACUAUUGAGAAAGCUGAAGCCCACGUGCCCACUGUGCCCAAAGAGUACAUUGGAAUGAUGGAGUACAAAAAAGAGGAUGAAGAAAGGAUUAUUCAAAAUCUGAUCCUCGAUUUAAAGCCACGUGGAGUUGUAGUUAAUAUGAUACCUGGCCUUCCAGCUCACAUCCUGUUCAUGUGUGUGAGGUAUGCAGAUUACCUGAACAGUGCUGACAUGCUGAAGUCCUUCAUGAAUGUAACCAUUGAUGGCAUCAAACAGGUUGUUAAGGAACAUUCAGAAGACUUUGAGAUGUUGUCCUUUUGGCUUUCCAAUACAUAUUAUUUCCUUAACUGUUUGAAGCAGUACAGCGGGGAAGAGGAGUUCAUGAAGUAUAACACUGCACGUCAGAAUAAGAACUGUUUGAAGCAUUUUGAUCUCUCAGAAUACAGACAAAUUCUCAGUGAUUUGGCCAUUCGAAUAUAUCACCAAUUCAUUAUUGUGAUGGAGAACAACAUUCAGCACAUGAUUGUACCAGGCAUGCUGGAAUAUGAAAGUCUUCAAGGAAUUUCUGGCUUGAAACCUACAGGGUUCCGUAAACGUUCUUCUAGUAUAGAUGAUACGGAUACCUACACUAUGACCUCCAUCCUGCAGCAGCUCAGCUAUUUUUAUAGCACUAUGUGUCAGAAUGGCUUGGACUCUGAGCUCCUAAAGCAGGCAGUGAAGCAGCUUUUCUUUCUGAUUGGAGCUGUCACCCUCAAUAGUCUCUUCCUCCGCAAGGACAUGUGCUCCUGUAGAAAAGGAAUGCAGAUAAGAUGUAACAUCAGCUACUUGGAAGAAUGGCUUAAGGACAAGAAUCUUCAAAGCAGCAAUGCCAAAGAAACUUUGGAGCCCCUGUCUCAAGCAGCCUGGCUCCUUCAGGUUAAAAAGAUCACAGAUGAUGAUGCCAAAGAAAUAUGUGAACACUGCACAUCUCUUUCUACUGUGCAGAUAGUUAAGAUCCUGAACUCGUACACUCCGAUAGAUGACUUUGAGAAAAGAGUGACUCCAUCAUUUGUUCGCAAAGUCCAGGCUAUGCUAAACAACCGUGAGGAUGUUCCACAGCUGAUGCUUGAUACCAAGCAUCUCUUUCAAGUGACGUUUCCUUUCACCCCCUCUCCACAUGCUUUGGAACUGAUACAAGUCCCCAGCAGCUUCAAACUUGGCUUUCUCACGAGGGUUUAA